AUGGAAAUGGCCACCAUCAUUCUCUUAUGCUGCACUCUUUUAUCUACCUUGAGAAACUCCAUGGCAGUGGACACUAUUAGAGCACAUCAGGCCAUAAGGGAUGGUGAGACCAUCACAUCAUCUGGCGGAGAAUUUGAGCUAGGAUUUUUCAGUCCCGGUAGGUCCACAUAUCGGUAUCUUGGCAUCUGGUACAAGAAAAUAUCCUCUGGGACGGUUGUAUGGGUUGCUAACAGAAAUACUCCUAUUAUGAAUACUUUAGGUAUGGCAAGAGUCGAUGACAAGGGAAUUACAUUAAAAACAGAUGAUGGGAUUAUAUGGUCAUCGAAUAUGUCUUUAUCUAUGAAGAACCCUGUUGCACAACUACUAGAUUCAGGGAAUUUGGUUCUAAGGGAUGAUGAUCAUGAUACUGAUGACAAUUUUAUUUGGCAGAGUUUUGAUUAUCCCGGAGAUAAUUUGCUGCCUGGAAUGAAGUUGGGAUUUAACUUGGUAACCGGCUUAGACUGGUUGUACACAUCAUGGAAAAGUAUUGAUGAUCCAUCCACAGGAAUUUACAUUGACCGAGUGGAUCGUAAUGGUUUUCCCCAGGUAUUUCUUCUUAGAGGUUCUGUGAAUUGGCACAGGUUUGGACCAUACAACGGUCGCCAGUUUAGUGGCGCUCCAUUUGGUAUUGAAAAUGGAUUUUUUACAGAAAAGUUUGUUAUCAGUGAAAGGGAAGUGUAUUAUAAGUUUAAUCUUAUCAAAGAAACUUCUGCUGUUGUCAGAUACACGUUGACUCCACAAGGAGAGACAAAGAUUCUUGUAUGGAAUUAUCAGAACCAAACUUGGAAUUUAUUUGCUCCCGGGAUGGUCACUGGCUGUGAUCGCUAUGGUUUAUGUGGUGCUUAUGGUAUUUGUAACAUUAACAGUUCACCUGUAUGCGAAUGUUUGACAGGAUUUGUACCCAAAUCCCAACCCAAGUGGACAGCAGAGGGAUCUAGUGGGUGUGUUCGAAGAGAAAAAAUAAACUGCAGUUCUGAUGCAAUUUUUAUGAAAUAUUCAGGUGUCAAGUUACCAGACACACGACAUUCAUGGUAUGACAUGAAAACUAACCUUGCAGAAUGUGGGAGAUUGUGUUUGCAGAACUGCUCUUGUACAGCCUAUGCGAAUGCAGAUAUUAGAAGAGGCGGAAGUGGAUGCAUCUUAUGGUUCAAUGAUCUAAUUGACAUGAUGGGGUACACAGAAGAUGGACAAGAUAUUUAUGUAAAAAUGCCAGCAUCUAAAUUAGAAAGUGGCAAUGCAGUGGAUAGCCAGAGGCCUAAAUUGAUAGUUCUGGUUCCCGUGGUAUUGCUAGUAGUAGCAGUUGCUCUAGCAUUCCUGUACGUCUCAAGAAGGCGAAGGCAGAAGGCAGAAGAAAAUCUGAAAUUAGGUUCAGAAAAUGUCGCCUUGAACAAAACUGAGAGUGAAGAUUGGGAUUUGCCAUUAGUCGACUUCAAAAAAAUUGUUAACGCUACAGAUAACUUCUCCCUGCAUAACAAGCUUGGAGAGGGUGGCUUCGGGCUUGUGUACAAGGGAAUAUUGGAGGAUGGACAAGAGAUAGCUGUGAAAAGGCUUUCAAAAAAUUCUGAUCAAGGACUCGAUGAGUUCAUAAAUGAAGUUUCUUUCAUUGCGAAACUUCAGCACAGAAAUCUUGUGGCACUGGUUGGUUGCUGCACAGAGAAAGGAGAACGAAUUUUGAUCUACGAAUAUAUGGCUAAUAAGAGUUUGGAUUCAUUUAUCUUCGACGAAGAAACAAGACGCUCAAUGGAUUGGCUGGAACGAUUCAAAAUAAUAAAUGGCAUCGCUAAGGGACUAUUAUAUCUUCAUGAAGAUUCAAAGUUAAGAAUCAUUCAUAGAGAUCUCAAAGCCAGUAAUAUCUUACUUGAUCAUGAGAUGAAUCCAAAAAUUUCAGACUUUGGCAUGGCAAGAUGUUUUGAAGGGAGUCAAAUUGAAGCAUACACAUCAAGAAUUGUCGGUACAUAUGGAUACAUGUCUCCGGAGUAUGCCAUUGAUGGACAGUUCUCCGUUAAAUCUGAUGUAUAUAGCUUCGGUGUUUUACUCAUAGAGAUAGUCAGUGGACAAAAAAACAGAUUAUUUACUCAUCCUGAUCACAGCUUAAACCUACUCGGACAUGCUUGGAAUAGUUAUAAUGACGACAAGCUAUUAGAAGUAAUCGAUGAGGUGAUGUUGGAGUCAUGUAACCUGAUAAAAGUUUUCCGAGUUAUCCAUAUUGGACUAUUGUGUGUUCAAGAAGAUCCUGUCGACAGGCCAGAUAUGUCUGCAGUAGUUCUUAUGUUGAGCAGUGAUUCGAAACUGGCUUAUCCGAAGAAACCUGGUUUCUUCAUGGAAAGAAAAUUGCGGGACAGAGACCCAUUGUUGAGCAAUCCUUAUUUUUCAUCUUGCAACAAGUUCAGUAUAACCUCUAUCGUCCCUCGACAAUAGUGAGACUCUUAUGGAAGCCUUCAUGGUGCUUGUUUUCCAGUAGGUGCUUGAGUUCUGUAAUUGAUAUAGGCAUUUAGCAGGAGGAAGUUGAUUAGUCAAUGUAAAUAGUUGUACCGUGUGACAAACUUGUAAAUGAUCCAAAUUUAACAUUAAUUUUCCGAAUCAGAAAGAAAAUUUAAAAUUAUUGAGUA